CUAUAAAUCAACCCUUGAAUAUAAACAUUUCAUUAUCAAUUAAAGAUCAUUAACUUGGAAGAUGAAAAUGAAGCCUCUUUCAUCUUUUUUACAUCAAGGCUUUUUCUUAUCUUUCUUUAAGAUUCUGAGUCUUAAAGUAAAGCCAAUUUGGAUAGAAUUAGGGUACUUCAUGAUCCUUUCAUUGUUAGGUUUCUUAGCUUUGAGUGUUACAAAACCUAGAACGUUACCAUCAUUUAGUCUCCAAAAACUAGAUGUGUUCUUCACUUCUGUUUCUGCUUCCACAGUUUCUAGUAUGGCCACUGUUGAAAUGGAAGUUUUUUCCGAUACACAACUUGUUUUCAUGACCCUAUUGAUGUUUCUUGGUGGUGAGGCUUUUACUUCUUUACUUAGACUUCAACUCAUCAAAAAAGAAAGAGCACUACAAAACAAAGUUGACUCUUUUACUAGCAAAGACUCUGACUUUUCAAACUCUAUACCAAACACUAGUAUUCAUCAUCUUGAGCUUGGUAAGGUAACUCUUCAUGACCAACUAGGAGAAGAGCCCUUAGAUGUUAUUAUUAAAUUAGAACCUGAAAUAAUAAAUAGCUCUGUAGAUGAGUUGAAGUGUAUAAGAUUCUUGAGUUAUGUGGUUCUUGGUUAUAUUCUAGUUGUUGUUCUUCUAGGGUCUUCCUUGGUUUCUUUCUACAUAAGUAUUAUUCCAAGUGCAAAACAAAUCCUCAAGGAAAAAGGGCUUAACUUGCAUACUUUUUCACUUUUCACCACUGUUUCAACUUUUGCAAAUUGUGGAUUUGCCCCUACAAAUGAAAACAUGAUUAUUUUCAAGAAAAAUUCAGGCCUUCUUCUCAUUCUAAUCCCUCAGAUCCUACUUGGUAACACAUUAUAUCCUCCAUGCUUACGCCUAACCAUUUGGUUUAUUUGGAAAAUCACAAAGAGAGAAGAAUUUAAGCAUAUCUUGAAAAACUCAAAAGAACUAGGAUAUUCCCAACUAUUUCCAAGUUAUGAAACCAUUUCUCUUACAAUUACUGUUUUGGGAUUCAUAUUUGUUCAGUUUAUAGUAUUUUGUCCAUUGGAGUGGUACUCUGGAGCAACUAUUGGCUUAAGUGCUUAUGAGAAGUUGGUUGGAUCAUUAUUUGAAGUUGUGAAUACAAGACAUGCUGGUGAAUCUGUUUUUGAUAUUACAACUCUCAGUCCAGCAAUAUUAAUAAUGUUCGUCUUUAUGAUGUAUCUAUCACCCUCUACUUCUUUUUUACCAGUUGAUACUAGUCAUGAAGAGGGUUUGAAAACUACAAAAAUAAUGAAGAGGAUAAAAGGGAGCAGUUUAGUGGAGUACAUAUCCCUCUCACCACUUUCCUAUUUGGUCAUUUUCACCAUACUUAUUUGUAUUACAGAGAGAGACAAAAUGAAGAAUGAUCCCCUCAAUUUCAAUGUUGUCAACAUUGUCUUCGAAGUCGUCAGUGCAUAUGGGAAUGUUGGUUUGUCAGUGGGCUAUAGCUGUGCAAGGCAACUAAAAUCAGAUGGCUAUUGCAAGGAUGCAAUGUGUGGAUUUUCUGGAAAAUGGAGUAUUUCGGGAAAGUUUAUCCUCAUUGUUGUCAUGUUUUUUGGAAGGCUGAAGAAGUACAACAAAAAUGGUGGCACGGCUUGGAAACUAAUGUAACAUUUUAUGUGUACUUUUAUUAGCUAUCAUCUAUGUAUAAUUGUAAUUACUAGCUCGAAUGGAAUACAACUCUUUUUGGCCUCUUUCUUUCUUUUUCAGUUUUUUCGUGUCUUACAUAUGUUUAGUUUCCGCUGUAUAAAACUAGUUGCUGAGUACAUGUAACUUUAAGUUAUGUGGCAUCAGGUUAAACUUUUCAUUGACAUUGUAUAAUUUCAUUUAUGU